AUGGCGCCCUCUCGAGUGGCUGGAGGAAUGUCACAUUCUUCUUCAAGUUCUGGCAUCUUUUUCCAACGAGAUUCACAGUCUCAGACUGUGGGGAACCCUCACUUGAGUUCAUCUUUUGGGAACUCAAAUUCUGUUCCUGGAAAUGCACGUUCAAACUUGGGUCCUGUUUCUGGAGAUGUAAGUACUACGCUCUUGAACAGUGUGGCAAGCUCGGGGCCAAGUGUUGGGGCAAGUUCGUUGGUGACGGAUGCCAACUCAGGACUAUCGGGAGGUCCUAAUCUCCAGAGAAGUGCUAGCUUCAAUACAGAGUCUUACAUGCGCUUACCUGCAUCACCCAUCUCGUUCUCAUCCAAUAAUAUAAGUAUUUCAGGCUCAUCAGUUAUGGAUGGCUCAUCUGUAGUGAAGCAGAGCUCCCACCAAGACCCAAACACUCAACAAGUACAGCAAAAUCAGCAGCUUCAAGGGGCUUCCAGUGCCACAUCCCUGGCCACAUCACGAAUGGUACAAGUUCCACUUCCCACUGGUCCAAGGAUACCUGGGUCCUACAUUCAGGAGCCCAAUAAUAUGUCCCAGUUGCAGAAGAAACCCCGAUUGGAUAUCAAGCAGGAAGAUAUAGUGCAGCAUCAGGUUUUACAACAGCUAAUGAAUAGACAAGACACUAUGCAGUUACAAAAUACCAAUCCUCAGUUGCAAGCUGUGAUUCAGCAGCAGAGGCUAAGGCAACAGCAGCAACAAUUGCUGCAGUCUAUGCCACCAGUGCAACGGGCCCACUUUCUACAGCAGCAGCAGCAGCAGUUGCAAUUGAGACAACAGCUUCAACAGCAGGGCAUGCAGCCUGUAUCAACCUUGAAGCGCCCCUAUGAUGGUGGUGUUUGUGUUCGUCGGCUGAUGCAAUAUUUAUAUCAUCAGCGGCAACGGCCAGCUGACAACACUAUUGCCUACUGGAGGAAAUUUGUGGCAGAGUAUUAUUCUCCCCGUGCAAAGAAAAGGUGGUGCUUGUCAUUAUAUGAGAACGUUGGCCAUCAUUCACUCGGUGUAUUCCCUCAGGCAGCCAUGGAUGCAUGGCAGUGUGAUAUUUGUGGUUCAAAAUCUGGAAGGGGAUUUGAGGCAACUUUUGAAGUACUCCCUCGACUUAAUGAAAUCAAGUUUGGCAGUGGUGUCGUAGAUGAACUUCUAUUUUUGGACUUGCCACGUGAAUGUAGAUUUCCUUCUGGAAUAAUGAUGUUGGAGUAUGGAAAAGCAGUUCAAGAGAGUGUGCAUGAGCAACUUCGUGUGGUUCGUGAGGGUCGGCUCCGUGUCAUUUUUACGCCUGAUUUAAAGAUUUUAUCUUGGGAAUUCUGUGCGCGUUGCCAUGAAGAACUUCUUCCUCGUAGGUUGGUCGCACCACAGGUGAAUCAGUUGGUACAGGUCGCGCUAAAAUGCCCAAGUACAGUUGCAGAAAGUGGAUCUGACGGGGUUUCUCAGCAGGAUUUACAGACAAACAGUAAUAUGGUUGUUACAGCAGGCCGCCAGCUUGCCAGGAGUUUGGAGUUACAUUCACUGAAUGACUUGGGGUUUUCCAAAAGAUAUGUGAGGUGCUUACAGAUAGCUGAGGUUGUCAGUAGCAUGAAAGACUUGAUGGAUUUUUGCCGAGAACAUAAAGUUGGGCCAAUUGAGGGCUUGAAAAGUUUUCCUCGGCAUCCCACUGCAGACAAGCUUCAGCUGCAGAAGACGCAAGAAAUGGAGCAGCUGGCCAGUAUUCAAGGUCUGCCAACCGAUUGCAACUCUCUCGGUAAGCUAGUAGCGCAGCACCCUGGAGUUAACGGCCAGAUGAGCAAUAAUCAUCAUAUGGUCGGUCGAGGAUCUUUAAGUGGCUCAGCACAAGCUGCUCUGGCACUGACAAACUACCAGAAUCUGCUGAUGAGACAGAAUUCGAUGAAUUCAAACUCCAAUUCACUUCAACAGGAGUCAUCUUCUUUUAAUAAUUCUAACCAGAAUCCAUCCUCAACAUUUCAAGGGUCUGCUGCUAUACUGCCGGGAACCUUGCAGAAUUUACCAGUCAACAGCUUUUCAAGUUCCCAUCUACUGCAACCACAGCAGCGGUCACUGAGCUGUAAUGGCUUACUCCAACAAAACCAUCCACAACUGUCUCAAGGCAGCCAGGCUUUACAACAGCACAUGAUCCAGCAAUUGCUGCAGGAUAUGAACAAUAAUGGUGUAGGAGGGGUACAACAGCAGUCCCUUUCUGGCCAGAGUGCUAAUGGGAGUGUGACAAGAGAUGGGAGAGUAUUUGGAAGCAACACCUCAACACCAACUGCAGCCCCUGUCAAUGGACUAGGUGGUAGUAUAGGAAACACUCCCAGCAGAAGCAACAGUUUCAAAGCUCCAUCGAAGAGUGACUCUUCGGUAGCAGCAGGUGGCAACAACAGGUUAAGCCAGAAAACACCAGAUUUACCACAGAAUCUUCAUUUAUCGGAGGAUAUGGUUCAGGAUAUAGCCCAAGACUUCACAGUAAAUGGGUUUUUUAACAGUGACCUUGACGAUGAUAUGGCUUAUGGCUGGAAAGCAUGACUAACGAACGAUGGGUUGAUCCUCUUAUUGGCUUUCAUCACAUGUCGUCGCAUAUACCUUUGUACAGGUUAUUUGAAUUAUCGUCCUUAUCGUUUUCUAUUUUUUUCCCAAUGACUCAGUUUUCUUUCUUCUUGUGGAGACGGUUGUGAAAUCAAGACUUGUACUCCGGUAGGUAUUAGGUUUACUCUUUCUCCUUUAGUUCCCCGUCGGUUUUCUGCUACCUAAGUCUUGCAAGUGUAAUCUACAGACGAACUUGAGAGUUGACAAUUUCUCCAUUUUCGUAUUAAUACAACUUUUAUUUU